AUGAAGAGUGAUACAAACAAAAGUGAUGGCAGUUUGGAUCAGAAUAUUAGUGCAGAAAUAUCACCUACUCAGUUGACAUAUAUGCAAUCUGUUGAAGUCAAGCCUGUUGUCUUCAGUGGUUCAACAGACCAGUCUAUCGUGUGUGGUAAUGGUCAGGAGAGUUUAGUAUCUAGUCUGGCGAGUCUGGUACCAACACUAUGGAAUUAG